UUUCCUGGGCCAGUCCCCGCCCAUGUGACCUACAAGAGCAGAGCGAUCAGGAGCGGCAGGAAGCCUGGGCAGGUGUGUGCUUGUGCCACUCUCCCGCCCCUUGUAGGAGCUGGGUUAUCGCAACCUUGAGCUCCGUGUAACCCAUGUCAGUGGCCAAUCUGUUUGCUAUCCGUGUUGCUAUGACAGAUGAGAAAGAGGCGGCGUUCUUUGACUAUCUUUCAGCCAUUCCAUGAAUGGGUUGACAUCACAGACCGAGACUGGCUCACUGGCUGCCUAUACAGUGGGGGAAUAGCUGCCUGUCCCUUUAAGAGCCCGCUAGCAGGUUGAUUCCCUGACGUCACCUAGUAGCAGAGUGAGAGGGAGAGGAGGAAGGCGAAGAGCAUCUGCUGAGCAGCUAUGGCACAGGAGAGGAGAGGGAGCAGCAGGGCACAGGAGGCGGAUACCUGGCACAGGCAGAUGGAUUCACAUGUACGUUAUCCUGAUCAAUGUGUGUUUGUUGCUCCACCCUCACCUGAGCUUCCUCCCAGACCCACUACUUUACCAUCUCCCCGGCUCAGCCCUGCAGGCUCGGGUAGGUCCCAACCUGAAGGAUCAAGUAGCUUCCAAACUCCCCUCACAGCGGUACAGUUCUCCACCCGUCCUCUUUCACCUGUUGGCUCUUCUGCCCCUGACCGAUCCCAACCAGAAGGAUCUCAGAGGCUCCAUCCUUUAGGAUCCCCAAUAAAUGUAAGAGUGGAAUCUGGCAGAUCACAGCCUGAGGGAUCCUGUCCUAGUCUCUUGUCCCCUACCCGGCAGUACCCACCUUUGCCUCCACCUCCAUCCUCUCCUCAUCGCUCUCCUGUCCUAAGUCCUAGAGGAUCACCUGAUGUCCCCAGGACUCCGCACAGAGCACACACUUCUAGACCCCAAGACCAGCAUCCAACCCCUGAAUGCAUUCGACCUUCCCCAGCAAAAGCCGACAAAUCCCAAGGUGAUAGUACAGUGGAUGUAGCAGGGAAGGACUUCAGGAUAUAUGUUAUCACAUGGAAUGUUGGAUGUGCUGUGCCACCCUCGGACCUUACUUCCCUCCUCUGCCUCAAUGCUAGAGAUGAUAAAAUCGAUAUGUUUGUUAUCGGGCUGCAAGAGGUCAAUUCUAUGAUCAAUAAACGCCUGAAAGAUGCUCUGUUUUCCGAUCAGUGGAGCGAGGUCUUUAUGGAUGUCCUCAGUCCUUUCAGCUAUGUUUUGGUCAGCUCAGUAAGAAUGCAAGGUUGUCUGCUGCUGGUGUUUUCAAAGUAUUUCCACUUGCCUUUCCUCCGGGACAUACAGACUGACUGCACAAGGACUGGCCUCGGAGGAUACUGGGGUAAUAAGGGUGGAGUCAGCAUUCGAUUAUCUCUUUUUGGUCACAUGGUAUGUUUUCUUAAUUGCCAUUUACCGGCUCAUAUGGAGAACACUGAUCAGCGAGUGGAUAAUUUUGAAAGCAUCUUGCAGCUUCAGCAGUUCCAGGGACCGCUGGCAAAUGGUGUUCUGGACCAUGACUUGGUGUUCUGGUUUGGAGAUCUUAACUUCCGAAUAGAGGAUCUGGAUUUGCAUUUUGUGAAAUCUGCCAUCCAAGGCAACAAGCUGGCUCUGCUGUGGGAGAAGGACCAGUUAAACAUGGCAAAAAUUUUUGAGCCCGUGCUUAAUGGAUUCAUGGAGGGCUCUCUGACCUUUCCUCCCACAUACAAGUUCGAUGUGGGGACCAAUACCUAUGACACAAGCUCUAAGAAAAGAAAGCCGGCCUGGACAGAUCGCAUUCUGUGGAAAAUGAAAUGUCCAAUCACUCAGAGCCCUGCCAAGCAAUUGGGCACCAUCAGCACACGGUCUAAAGAAUUAUCAGUGACCUUACUUAGUUAUGGAAGCCACAUGCAGUAUACAGAGAGUGACCAUAAACCUGUGUCCGCUAUCUUCUCACUGCAGUUUGCUUCCUGUCUUGCUGCCCCAUUGGUCCAAUUGUUGGUGCGCGAUGAGUGGUUGCAGCCUGAUGAUGCCCAUGUCAUCUAUCGAUGGUGUCCGGGAUACAUGAAGAGUUCCUGGGAUUGGAUUGGACUUUAUAGAGUGGGAUUUAGACAUCACAAAGAUUAUGUUUCUUACGUGUGGGCAAAGUCCGAUGAAGAAACAGAGAGAGGGAAACACCAACAUGAGGUGGUGUUCAGUGAGGAAUUGCUUCCCAAGGGGACCAGCGAAUACCUUCUUGGUUAUUUUAGCAACAACCUUGGUACACUGAUUGGAGUGACUGAGCCAUUCCAGAUCUGUUUGCCCGACUCUGAGGCAGGUUCUUCCUCUAACAGUUCAGAUUCUAGUUCAGAGGAGGAAGAUAGCACUCAUAUUCUUCUACGACCGAAAUCCCGUAGCCCCAGUCCAGCCAGUGCCCGUUCACCACGGAGCAGGAGUCCAGCCCUAGCUCGUCUUCAUGAUCUCAUCCUUCCCAACACUUCCCGCCAGAAGAGCCGCAGUCCUUCCCCCAACAGGACCAAGAGUCCCAAACAUGACAGGGCCCAACGAUCUCGUUCCAGGGAAUCUACUCGCCAUAGCAAGGGUAAACGAGUGCAGAGCCCCCUUGUGCUCCAGGCUAUAACUGUGCCUAUUGUGAGGCCAGCAGCUGUAGGCCAAGGCUUCAGUCCCCAGGUUGGAAUUCUUCCCUCCCCCAGCUCUCCAAAGCCACAAUUAAAGCUGCAGACCCCCUCUACCCCAUGUCACGGAGACUCACACAUUGCAACAAAGAGGCAAGAGCUGCUGUAAAUUGAUCCUCCCUCUGAUAAACCUUUGCACUAUUGUGACAUUUUGAAAAAUCAACUUGAGACUUGAGUAUCAGAUCCUAAUUGUAUAUAUGUUGGAAUGGAAUGAUUUUAGGGGAAAAAUUCUACAUUGAACGCAAAUUUGUUUUAAGUCUUCAUUGCCGUGGGUCAUGGUUAUUUUAGUGGCAGCCAAAGAUGCACAUUCCAGCUUAUCUAAGUUAACGAAAA